AUGAGGAUCAGUUCCCCCGAAAUUCGUAAGCGUGAGGAACUGCUCAGCAAGCAGACAAGCCACAUCCAACAUUCAGAAGCCUCCCAGGGCCCCCUCCUCCUGGAGAAACCAAUUCAGGUGCCCCCUACUCUCCUCCAGGAUAGAAAAGGGGAUGCUUUCACCUGGGAUGCCCAGAGCCAAGAUCCAAGCCUACAGUCACCUGGCUUAGAGCCCCAGCCACCAGUGGGACUGUGCCAGGACGCGAGAGCAACGCAGGACCCCCUGAGAGCUUCCAGGGGUAACCUGGGAAGUGUCCGCAGCAAAGAGAGCAGCGUGACGAGCUGCAGCCUGGAGAAAUGCAGUAACGUCAGCCGGCUGAGCAGCGGGUACGCGGGGGACGAAGAGAACAGCAAGGUCAGCUUGAGGGGCAGCCGUCGGAUCGUGCGGCUGAAGAGAAGGCUGAACACCCAGGCGGCCGGUGCCCAGAUCAGCCAGCCGUGCGCCACCUUCUCUCGCAGCCAGUUACAGAGCCGGCUGGCCAGCCAGGCCAACAGCACCACGCAGACUGGAGGGCAAAACCAGGCCAGCAGCUGCCAGAGCCUCCAGGUAGACGGCAAUGUGCAAAGUGGGCUGAAGAGCAAUACCAGCCUUCAGGAGAACGAGACGGGGGAGGACAUGAAAGCCAGCGACCAGGUGGCCAAGGGUCUCUGGCCCCCCAGGGCGGGUGCCACGCCCCAGCCCCUCUGUGUCCCCGAUGGCCACUGCCAUGUCAGUGGCAUCGACGACUGCCACAUGAAUGAACGAAUGAAUGAAUGA